CAGUUUAAUCCGCAUCCAACGAGGUUAUCCGGAAGGAAACAAAUCAAAGCCGCUUGAUGGGUCUAUAAGCCCAACCAAAGGAUCGUUUUAUAUAAACAGAAGACUGAAAUUCAUCUGGACCAUUUCAGAAUUCGGAGACGCCAGUGGGGGGGAACGCUAUUAUUAAUAUUAUUAUUUGCGCCAUUUUCUUUACUACUUUUUGUGAUCGGGGUUGCCGGAGGCAAACAUGAUGUCCUAUUUGAAACAACCGCCGUACACGGUGAACGGACUGAGCUUAUCUACCUCAGGAGUGGACUUACUGCAUCCUUCAGUGGGAUACCAAGCGACCCCUCGCAAGCAGAGGAGGGAGCGGACCACCUUCACCCGGGCCCAGCUCGACGUGCUGGAGAACCUGUUCGCCAAGACCCGCUACCCUGACAUCUUCAUGAGGGAAGAGGUGGCUUUAAAGAUCAACCUCCCUGAAUCCAGAGUGCAAGUCUGGUUUAAAAACAGACGAGCCAAGCAUCGCCAGCAGGCCCAGCAGACUCAGACGGGCGUGCAGAACAAGUCUGUCAGCAGGCCGGUGAAAAAGAAAGGCUCCCCGGUCAGAGAGGCCAGCUCUGAGAGCGGAGCCAGCGGCCAGUUCACGCCGCCCUCCAGCACCUCCUUGCCGGCUGUGAGCAGCACCAACAGCAGCACCAGCAACAGCAGCAGCAGCGCGGCGCCUGUCUCCAUCUGGAGCCCGGCCUCCAUCUCCCCGCUCUCCGACCCGCUCUCCACCACACCCUCCUCCUCCUCUUCCUCCUGCAUGCAGCGAUCUUACCCGAUGACCUACACCCAGGCGACAGGCUACAACCAGGGCUACACGGGUUCCUCGUCCUACUUCACCGGGAUGGACUGCGGCUCCUAUCUGUCGCCCAUGCACCACCAGCUGUCCGCCGCGGGCUCCAACAUGAGCCCCAUGGGCGGCAGCGGGGUGUCCAGCCACCUGAGUCCGGCGUCCUCGCUCUCCUCGUCGGCGUACGGAGCGACGGGGCUCGGCUUCACCGGUGCGGCGGACUGUCUGGACUAUAAGGACCAAACUGCCUCAUCGUGGAAGCUAAAUUUCAAUUCGGACUGUCUGGAUUAUAAAGACCAAGCAGCUUGGAAGUUUCAAGUGUUGUGAGAGAAGAAAAAUGGAAGAAAUUGGGAACUUUUAUGAACCCAUGCAGAGCCGGUCUAAGACUGAAUGCAGUCCUGAGCGGAAAUUGGCACCACCAGCAACCACACCACCACCUAUAUUAACUUAUUGGGCUUUUUUUAAUUCCCACUUACACAGUUUGCUAACAUAGCAGUUAGAAUGAUCAUAUCACACAAUUAUGAUAUAAUAUUUCACAAUAAGUAUUUAAAUAAAGGGAUACCGAGAAGUAAAACCGUGGAGAAAUCACUGGCCAAAUUUAAAAGUUGGUUCAUUUUUGAUUAACAGCCAUCUUUGGAUCUAUGCUCUGUGUGGUGGCAUGCUGGGGGGUCCUAAGCAGCGGUGUCUCGCUCUUGCCUUGACCCGGCUCUGCAUUCAUGCAAA